AUGGACGCUUUCAAGUGGCCGUCUGUGCCCUUGUUGACGUUAGUGCUGAUCGUUUCUCGGAUUACUUCUACAAAGGCUUCAGAUCAGGAUUUGGUCCAUUUUCAAGUUGGGAAGUCGUACAUUUACAGAUACUCGUCCGACGUAGCUGUGCAAGACACGGAACCCAUAGCGACACGUGCAGUGGUUAACCUAUUACCAUACGCCCAUGAACAAAACCAAACAAAGAUUUUGCUAGAUGUUCUCCAACUGUCUAUGCAUCAUCUAGGAGAACACAACCAUGCCAACGACAAUGCUGCACGACACUUGGAGUUUAAAAAAUGGUUCCACUUCAGCAUCAACGGGCAUGGUGAAGCAAACAUAGUGUGGUAUCCUGAAGAUGAGAGUGACGAAGUAGUUAUACUUAAAAAAGCAAUUGUUAGCCAUUUAUCUGCAAGGUUACAUGUGUCUAACAUGAAGACGAGACCUACUUACUGGGCGUACUACAUUAAUGAAACCGACACAAGUGGAGUUCACCUGUCCAAAUACAAUGUGACUGACGGCGGGGACAAAUUGACGUUUGCAAAGCAAAAGCCAAGUGGGCACAGCACUGUUCCUAACAGUGAAGGGUUUCACGAAAAGAUGGUUGAAUACAGUAAGAAAAAUAAAGUUCCAGAACGCGUUGUGUCCAUGGUCAACUUCACAGCACCAAACAAGCCCUUAUCUGGUUACGCAACUGGCAGACGGCUACCUGGAGAUCCCACUAAGGACCACGGGGAAGGAUGGGCUAAUGAUUUUGUGCUACCUAUAAUGGCGGUAUUAUCGCAUGAUUAUCUCCACCUUACUGCAAUUCUGACAAGUGACAAUCAUACACGUGUCGUUGAACCAAAGGAUCUAAAAGAAGAUGAUUUAGUUGUUCCAAGGUACAAUGCUGUCAAUAUAAAGCCCCUUGACCAAAUACGCGAUGCCCUCCUUGGUAAUUUAUCAAUGGUUGCUAGAAUUCCAAAUGCAGAUUCCGUAGAUCGCACAAGCUACCUCCAAACUGCAGCAGAACUAAUGAGGCAGCUGUCAGACACAGAUAUUACAAUAUUCGCAAAAGCACAACUUGAUAUCCAACCAAAUACAUCAUUUGACUAUGCCUUGCAAUAUGUAACAAUGGAUGUGGUAGCAAUGAUGGGUACCAAUCAUUCACUUGGUCUAAUUGUGAAAUACGUGCUAAAGAAUUCAAGGGCAGAUGCUAAACUUGUAGCUGGGGGAAUGUUGCAUUUUGUGAAGCUGAAAUUCCCUCCAACAAGGAUGGCGGUGGAUGUUAUUGAGGAAUAUGCUUUCGCCAACAAAUCACGCUUCGAUGAUGAAGACGAUGCAUACAAAGUGAAAAAUCGAGCAGUCUUAACACUCGGUUCGAUAGCGAAAACAUUUACGAAACACAAUGUGGAUAUGGGAAAACGAAUUAUUGACAAGUUGCACUCACAUCUCGGAUACCAUGAUGAAGCGUCACAUCGAGUAAUUCGAUCAGCCAUGUCUGAGAGAGAACUUGACUCACACUUGCAUCAGAAAGCGGGUCUUAUACAUGCCAUUGGCAAUGCUGCUGAUGAAUCUUCCUUUCCUUAUGUUUUAUCGUACAUCUCCCACAGUGAUACGCCAUCUUUGUUAAAGCGCAGUGCAGUUCAGGCUUUGCGCCACUAUAACAUGGACGAGGCAGCACACCACAUCUUGUCAGUAGCUCUGACUGACCCAGAGCCACAUGUACGUCACCAGGCAUCUAUACAAUAUUGGAUGCAUCCGCAUUCUGUUGAUGUCCAGGAGAUACGAAACAUAGUUCAUCUUGGCUAUCGAAACACGAGUCUUCAUAAGAAAGCAGAAGACAUGUCAGUUAGACAUCGGCAAAAACGAGGAAUUAACCCUCUUAGUUAUAAGUUAAUUGAUAUAAAUAUAGAACUACCUGGAAUUGAUUGGAGAAAGCAAAUUGGAACUGAUGAUAUUGGUGCCAAGUUUGGUUUAUUGAUAAAAAACGUAAUGUCUUUGCAAGUAGAACCGUUGCGUGGACAUUUUCUCGUUGAUAUCCAUGAUAUGGUCUAUGCAAAAGGUGUACUCAAAUUCCUUGGUUUUGAUCUCGAUUUUGUUUUGGCGGAGGUGUGUUUCAAUGGAGAAGUGAAAUACGGGCUGAAUAUUUUCCAGGAAUUUGGCUUUGACGAUGCCCAAAAACUUGUCCAGUUGUACGAUGUGAUUGCAAAUAAAGUCAUUGGUAAUAUUAAACGGGUAAUUCAGAGGUUUGACGCUAUGAUGAAACGUCAUCAGAAAAUAAGCAUAUCAGAUGUUUUUGAUGUUAUAAUUAAUGCAAUCAAGGAUGUUCCGAAGAAUUUAAACCUGGAUACAUUUUUUGACAAUGCGCUCAAACAAUUUGGAAAGUACAAUGGACUACCUGAUGAUGUAGUUAAAAUUAAAGAAGCAAUAGAAAGGACAAACACAGUUAUCAUGGAUAUCAAAAAGGCAAUCUUGGAAUUUUACAAUUCUAUAUCAGAUGCCGUCGAAAUUGCCUUACCAUGGGCUGCACAACAAGUAGAAGAGGCGCUGGUAAAUGCUGCUCAGAGCGUGAAAGAUCUUCUGAGAUCCCCAAAGACAGCAGUUGCAACCGUUGCAAAAUCUGUUAUGCAGAUAGAAAUGGCAAUCAAAACAAUAUAUGAUGCAAAAAGAAGAGUGGAAAACGCAUGCUUCUUUCUGAAAGAUGAAAAGCCAUACUGGUGGGAUUUGAAAACAGUGGUCAUGGGAAUAAUAGAGGACAUCAGAAUGUCAAUAGGGUUGUUGAGAAACGUUCAGGAGUGGACAAAUAAAGCAGAAAGCUCUGAUGAUGAAAUUGAUUCGUUCUAUCAAAUUGAUGCUAAACAAAUGCGUAAACAGAUACUUACUGAACUACUAACGAGUCUUCUGGGCAUUGAAAUCGGACUAGGUCCAUUGGCAGAUGUUCUCCUACCCUUCAUUCAAACAUUCCAGGAUGUAAUUACGUGUGUUCAAGAUAUAACAGAGGCAUUGAGAGGACUUAAAGAAGGGUAUGAACUAACCAAAUCUCUAAUAGACAACGUAUUUGGACCGAAGAUAUCAAAGCGAUUUCCACGUAAAUAUUUGCAAUCAAAGAGUUGUGGCGACGGGUUUUAUCCAUCAACACAGCGAAGUAGAUAUAUGUACAGUGGCGCACAACUCCAAGUAUCAGUUGGAUCAGCGAUAGUUGUGCCGUUCUCCGGCAGAUUAUACGUCACUUCCAACAAGGAGGUGAUCAUCCAUGUCCAAGAAAUGAAAGACACAGAACUUAUACUUGUCAACGUUGCCGUCUCUUCGAAAAAGCAUAAUACCACGGUUUACAAAGGCGAGCACCUUGGAAAAGUAAAGAGAGUUUCGGGUUGUCAAGAUGGCCACAUCCACUUUGUUUUGAAGAAGAUAGGUACCGAGGAUAUAAUUGAUCCAAGUCGGUAUUUUGAAAAGAGAAAGAUGGAGAAGCCGAAGUGGGUUCAAGCAUGCGAUGACUACAAUUUGAUCUGGCUCGGAGACGUGAUAGCAGAGGGAUCCAUCACAGGUGGUCCAAAGGAUAUUGACACUACUCCUGAGCAAAAGGCUGAAGUAGAUACUGAUGACGCUGAUUUGUUAAUUAGCAGGACCAGACGGAAAAGAAGCUUCCCAACAUUUGGAAAUAUUCUCGAUAUGAGCGGGGCUGACAUGUUCGCUCCCCUGUUAGAACAAAUGGGCGUGCCAACGAUUACGGAGUUUGGACCAGAUAUCUUCCAAUUCAGUGUGAAAGAUUUACAGAUGAAGCACGUUAUACAGUUCCUUGAAAGUUCAAAUAACCAAGCGAUGGUAGAAAGAAUUUACAAAUUAAUCGAAAGCAUGACGAGUGGUAUUUUUGAUAUACACGGGUGUACCAGACCAGCAGAGCAUGACAACACUGAACUGCAACACUUGCUGAUAUUGCAAGGCAAAUCAUCUGAAGGUCCCAGAGAGGUGUUACUUGACCGUAUUUAUCAACUGGAAAACGUCUAUUUAAGAAUGUGUUUUCUACUUGAAGAUAUUGGUGUGACAGAGAUGAUAACUGGGGAUCACAAUAGCAUUGCUGUAACACAGUUGAAAGCGAACAUGAAGAUUUCCAAAGAUGGACAAAAUAUAAGGAUUACGUUAUCUCUCGCGUUGUGCUCGUUAGAGGAUCCAGAUAUAUGUACAGACCCCCUUGAUGUUUUCAAUUCAGCUGAAAUCAAUGUACCAGACCCCAACAGAUGCGAUGACCAGUAUCCACCAACAUCAGUUGAUUUGCUCGAUGGAAUGACUUUGGAUGGACUUGAGAAAAUCAUUGCAACGAUAGAUGGCGGUAGCAUGUCCGACUUGAUGUAUGAUAUCCGAGGAAUAUAUACGAGCCUACUAAGUGAGGCAAUAAACAAACUAGUGAACGAAAUAUCAACAGAAGACUUUGAGUCAUUUGAUGUAUGCCUCGAUGGGGAACAUAUGUUUGGACCGUGGAGCAAACAGUUCUUCUCAGUAAAAUUUCAGACGAUGGCAGGACCUGUUCCAAUUGUAUUUGGAUUUAGUGGAGGGGGUUCUGUAGGAGUACAAUUCACUUGUGGUUUCUGCAUUCUAUCAAUGAAAGUAACGGGAGGAGUUAAGCCUAUGUUGGGAGCAAAAGUUAAAGGCUCUCUCGACGUUGGUAUUAAAGUACUUAGGGCUGAAGUGAAGAUUACAGGGGAUUUAAUGACAACGUCAUUCCCAACAAGAGCAGGGAUUGGAUUCAGCAAAUUCCCUUUGGAUGCAAGUAUGCGAAUGGAUUUGGAGCUUAAACCACUGCGUCUUGUAUUAGAAAUUGGUGUGUAUGGGUGGUUGCCUCGAGUUGGCGAUCAUGAAAUCUUGAAGUUUAAUUUAUGGGAGUAUACAACUCCUGUAAUUAAGAAGAACAUUUUCCAAAUCAAUGAUCCAAAAACGGAUGACUCACCUCCAGACUUCAGUGUGUAUGCGCAACCGGCACCUCAAGAGUUGAAGAGAUCUUCCCAAAGAGUUGAAUGCUCCGUCAAGCAAAUAGCAAAUAGAGACCAUACGGAACCUGCGUUUCUACUAGGCGUCGGAGUAGCAGAUGGAGAAAGUCAGGUUGACAUGACAUAUUGCGUCGGAACAUAUAGAGGUGGCUGCGACGAGGUUGCUGUCGAACCCAUGGGAGGUCCCUCAACAAUUGUAUCUAUGCCUUUGACAUCUGGCGUACCAUUGUACUUUCUAAUAAUUGCUUUGAACAACCAGGGUGCAAGUGCCAGCAUAGAGUGCGAACUGCCAACAUAUGAUAUGACUCUACCAAAAGGUAGAAUGAUUCCUGAUUUCCACUCAAGUAGUCAUCCACACAUACUCAGGGCAUCGGGAAUGGCUGUUGAUGAUUCUCCUCUCAAACAACACGCUCUUGCGAUUGGAUAUGGUCAUGGUUUAUUUUGUGAUCAAGAGGUCCCCUGGCAUAUUAUUGCAGCUGAUAAGUCAUCAUCGAUUGAACAUAUAGAUGAUGAGUUUGAUAAUGGCAUACUAAACCAUUUCACAACUGAAAGGCUUGGUAAGCUGAUUGCAAAGGCCAAGCACCCAGUAAAGCCUCACAUUGUUUCAUCUUGGAGCACUCCACGCGGUUGUGCCAAGGAAUGUAUGAAGUAUUCAUCAGCAAAGUGUACAAGCUUUAACUAUGACUUUGGAACAAGUGGAACUUGUGAGUUACUUGAAUUUGUGGAAGGCAAUCAAGCAGAACUUCACGAGUCAGGCCAUUUCCACCACUUUGAACGACUUGGUGCAGGCCAUUAUGGAGAGUAUAGAUACGAACAUCUCAGCUUGUCCCACAACACGAUUUACUAUUUUAACUACCAAGUUAUCAACACACUGGAAUAUGAAAGCAUUCUUACCUCCAAGUCAGUGAUCAUUGACUUUACUCCACCUUCUCCUGGACCAAUUGAAGAACCACUUUCAAUGGACUUCAGACAUGACCAAUGUCGGGAUGUUACAACUGAUGUAUAUGCCACACGCUGCAUUGAACCGACUCCACUUGAUAAUCACAGGAUAGUUGUUGACGGUGUAUCAGAACCCGAAGGUCCACAUUCAUUUUGUGUAUUCAAUGGAGACAAGGAUAUGUUUGACUUGAGAUGGACAAGAGAUAACAAGUAUUGCUCUGCUAAUUGGGAUGGAUUCCAUGACAAUGAGACUGGCAUAUUUGGCUACUUAGUCUCUGUUGGAACUGACCUAUGCCUAGACAACCACCACACACACAAAGAUCCACAUAGCCAUAUCAUAUUCGAGUCUGAAUGGACACACGAAGCAAUGCUGUACCCCCUACACAUGCCAGAUGGAUACUACCAUAUAAAUGUAAGAGCAUUGAAUAAAGUUGAGUUUGGUGGCCCGAUGGCUCUAACGGUUUGCCAUAGUUUGCCUUACAUAGUGGAUACUACACCCCCAUUUGUCAACCAUGUCCUGACGUUAUCAUAUGAUGAAUAUACAUAUAUGAUAAUAAUGACAUAUAACGUAAGUGAUCCUCUAUCUGACAUACGUGAAGUCGACUUUUGCCUCGGAAGAAGCAGGCGUGAUUGUUACGUAUCUGACUGGGACAGAUAUGCAAAUACAAGCCACCUCGAAAAAGUACAGCAUAUCCCUGAUGGAAUUCCGAGCUGGCCUAAAAUAAGAGCAAUAAACAAUGUGGACCUAAGAGAUGUCGGGCCAGCCGAUAUACCCAUCAUUGUAGACACAACUCCUCCAAUAGCAGGUGAUCUAUAUGAUGGAUGGGUGCACAAUAUAGAUAUAGAUUAUCAAAAUAGGAACGAUAUUUUAUGUGCUAAUUGGCAGAACUUCCACGAUCCGGACAGCGGAUUGGUUGGCUAUAAGAUAGGAUUCGGAACAGAAGAAGGCUUGGAUGAUGUGAUUCCAUUAACUGAUCUGGGCCAUUAUGAAUAUGAUACAUGUAUCGCUUCUUUCGGAAACAACAUCACUGAAUUGACACACAACUCUACUUAUUACACUCUUCUGUAUGCUUUCAACGGAGGUCACAAACUGCUGAACGUAUCAGUAAUAUCAGAUGGAGUUUCCAUUGACAUGACGAAUCCUAUACGAGGUUGGAUGAAAGAUGGCCUAGAUAAAAAGAUUGAUAGUAACUUCACAUCGAAAACAGCCAGCGUACAAGUCAACUGGGGUGGUUACCAAGAUCCCGAGUCCGGUAUUAGUGAUUACUCAUUAGCUGUAUACAGAGGAAGAUUGUCUCAUGAUGCAAGAGAUGAAACUAUGAUAAGCAUGAUACAUCAACCAGAAUCAGUUGGCAACGGCGCAACCAAUAUCAAUUGGCACCACUUCCAUCAUCACCAUGGCGACUUCAUAUACGUUGAAAUGAAUACAACAAAUGGUGCGAUUUCAACUAUAACAACAGUCUCUACAGGAGUAACUGUUGAUCUGACGGCACCAGAAGUUCAAUACCUAAAUGAUGGAACAAUUCCCCGAACAGACGCCCAGUUUUCUAGUAGUCUUGUGGAGCUAUCAGCAAACUGGCUCUUCCUUGACUCAGAGUCUGGAAUAAACCACCAUCAAUUCACAGUUUACGAACUCCAUGGAGGCAACAAGAGACAAUUGUUCCCUAUUGGCGAUGAACUAUUAACGUUAAGAGCGGACGUGAAUGUUUAUAGUGCCACCGACUUGAAUCUUAAACCUGGAGCUUUGUAUAACAUUCGUGUAUCCGCAGUGAAUAACGCUGGUCUUACAACAGUACAUAACACAGAUGGUGUGAAGAUCGACCCUACUCCCCCAAGGAUGCAGUACGUACGAAUAGGUGUUUCUGAUGGUGAAAUGGAAGAUGUUAUAGAUGGCGUGGUUGUAUCUGCCGAUAAUGCUGGUAUACAAGCAACAUGGCUAGCUAUAGAUCCUGAAAGUGAUAUCAAAGACUACUAUGUUGCAGUGGGGACAUCUCCAGAUACCACUGAUGUUUUGGAGUACCUUAGUAUGGGGGAUGGUACUAAUGGUUAUUUGGGUAAUGUGGAACUGGAGCGGUUCGAUCCUAAAAUACAUGGUCCUCUUUAUUACAUCAACGUUAAGGCACAAAACAAAGCUGGGCAGUUUUCAAGUAAUAUGACUUCCAAGCCCCUAAAGAUAAUUGAGGCAGAUGUUGCUGGAAGAAUCAUAGAUGGCGUGAAAGGGGAUCCAGAUAUAGAUGAACAACGGGAUAAGAUGACUGUAACCGCACACUUUGAAGGUUUCAGGAGUGGCUUUGGAUACACUAGGUUUGAAUGGGCAGUUGGGACGGGUCAUGGAUUAGAUGAUGUUCGUCCAUUUUCUACAAGAGGGAUUAUAUUAGAUAGUGAUGAUGAAACGGAUUCUGGUUUAAAAACGAACUAUUCCGGAACAGUUCAUGGUCCUGUUCACCUAUCACAUGCACAUAGAUUUCAUGUGACAGUUAGAGGAAGAACAGGCAAGAGUAACACGUUGGAGGGCGUAUCUAAUGGCUUUAUCAUUGAUGUAACACCACCAGAGGUAUUAUUAAGCGAUGUUGGUGUAGACCUUAAUCUGAACAAGACGCUGAUGACCAACCCGUCUUCUCUAUAUCAGACAUCAAUGGACUCUUUGACUGCUGAUUGGAAUAUAUCUGACUCAGAAAGUAGGAUUGCAUGGUCCAGCUAUUGUUAUGGUACAAUACCAGGGCGAUGUGAUGUUCAUAGUAUGACAGCGAUAGAUGAAGCAUCUGGGCUGCAAGUCGGACAAGUCAAACCAGCCACAGGAGGAAAACCAAAUUUCCUGCAAAUUCUUUCAGAGAACAAGGUUGGACUUCAAAAACGACGUCACAGCCCUCCUAUUGUAGCAGAUGACACUCCGCCCUUAGAAGGAAGAAUCAAAUGCACGCAAUACCUCAAGGAAAAUGAGGAAAUUGUUUGUAGUUGGACGGGAUUCGUAGAUGCAGAAAGUGGCAUUGACAAUUUUUCUGCUGGACUCGGUGAACAAGAAGGCGAAGAUAACGCACAUGAAUUUGUUGUUCUCACCCCUUAUACUCAAACCGUCGUAUUCAAAGAAUACAGAAAUACAACUCUUCCAAUGGGUCGAUACUUUAUGACUUUGAGAACAUCAAAUUCUGCUGGUUUGAUGUCAGAGUCAUAUUCUCUGCCCAUUAUUGUUGAUGGAACGCCUCCAGUAGCUGGGAUGGUCGCAGAGCUGAGUGACAUAAUAGAAGUAAACUUCUCCCUUUCUGGACAAGGACUGGCUAUUAAAGAAUGUUCAUCUAGAGAAGACUGUGUGGAUGCUGAUACCAAAUGCCAAACUUCAAUGACAAACAUCCACGCAAGUUGGGUGCCCUUCCAAGAUGACGAAUCACCGAUUGUGAAAUAUGAGGUUGCGGUUGGUAACACAGUAGGGGGUACUCAGCUCAAAUCCUUCUUUGAAGUACAACCUAAUACACAUCUUGUUAACAUACAACAUCUUGAUCUCACAGAACAAAGACAGGUGUUUGUGAUGGUAAGAGGGACAAAUGCAGCUGGACUUUCCUCCGUCUCAAUAUCAAAUGGAGUUUUCAUCAGUCGUAUAUCUGCAGGACUUUCACCACUGGGUCUUCUUACUGUAUACGAUGGUCAUACAUCGGGAAAAGACAUGGAUUUUCAAACGGAUCGAGAGAGGUUAACUGCAAGUUGGAACUUUAGUGGCGAUCUAUGCCCAAUGGAGAAUUACACGUGGAGCAUACUUCGACUAGAUAACACUGUUUUAUUUAAGCCUGAACAACUACCUAAAGGUCAAACUUUCGGGACAUAUGAUGGACUGAAUUUACAAGAUGGGGACGAAUAUUUUGUAACUGUACAAGGAGUAAACUCGCUUGGAUAUGUCCAUACAGAACGUUCAGAUGGUAUAACUGUAAGACAAGAGCCACUUAUGCCUGGUAUAGUGCGUGAUGGGCCUGUGUUUGGAGUUGAUUUCAAUGUACAACCAUCUAUUACAGAACUUUGGGGAAAUUGGGAUGCUUUUGGAAAAACUAAAGAGGAAAAUGAGGAUUUAAUUGGUGAUGGAGACCCGGACCUUGAUCCUAGGAUAGGAGCUCAUCAAGACAUUAUCUACUACGAUGUUGCAGUUGGAAAUGACCGCCGCUAUGCCAACACAAGAACUAACAUUCAUCCCUUUGUUCGAGUAGGCCUAAAUCGAUCUUGGCAUUUCACAAAUUUAGAAUUAUUGCCUGGAAUAGGACAUUAUUAUAUCACCGUGAGAGGAGUUGCUAAAUCUAGUGCAUCGCGUAUCCAGACAUCUAAUGGUAUCCAAGUUGGUAUUGGUGGAUCAGUAGUAAAACAAGGAAACUUGCAGCUUGCUGGAUGCAUACCGUCAACAUCGGACAUAUCGUUUUCCUGGGACGGAUUUGAAUUUGGUUUACCUGUAAUGUUUUACCAGUGGGGUAUCUCUUCCAAUCUCUCUGCAGUGGAAGGUCUGAAGUGUCACCAAUUACAAUUGUUUGAGCACAAGGUUAUUGUGAACUCCAUAUUUCUAGACGCAUUUGAUGUUCAACCAAUGUUGAAUGUUUUGAAAGACUCUUAUGCCGAGCGAAAUGGUUUAAGAAUGCUACAUGGGAAAACUUACCUAGUAGUCGUCAUAGCAACUGAUGAAUCCUCAAUCUGCUCUAUGGUUACCAAGGAGAUAUUAGUCGAUGCAACACCUCCUAUUCCCGGAGAUAUCAUAGUUGGUCCUCCAAACGAGCUGGGCGUUAUGUUUGCUGAUCAGUCUGAUAGACUAACAGUGUCAUGGCAACACUACACAGAUCCUGAUUCACACAUAGAAAGCUACAGACUAACAUUAUCUGAAGGAAAUAUAUGUGGUUUUGGAGACAUGAGAGCCCCAUCCAUUGCGGAAACGGAUAUCGUUAUUUUGAAACCCAAUGCAACAACCUAUACCUUCUAUCAACUGUAUUUAAAGGAAGACAGACCUUACUUUAUAUAUUUUGAGGCAAUCAAUUGUGCCGGUCUUAUAUUUGGCAACUACACAGCACCAAUCUUGUUAGACAAGAUUCCCCCGCUACCAGGAGAUGUUAGAGAUGGCAAUGAUUUUAUUUCAGAUGUCGAGUUCCAAGCCUCAACAACACGUAUAAGUGCUUCAUUCCUACAUCAGGUAAGCACUUCUGGAGACGCAGAUGCAUGUCCUGAGAGUUUGAUAGAUUUAUCAAUGGCAACUUGGAAUCCAGUACAUCACGUUGGAAUAUUGGGCGUCGAAGGAAAUGUAGUUUAUGAGAAACACAAGUCGAAGAGUGAACAAGGUGUUAUUGAGUUAAGAAUGCUUCCUGAUGUUAAGACAACUAGGAUGUUAGCAGGGGCUGUUGACAAGGAGAUAGAUGGGACUUCCGGGAAGUAUAAGUUUGAAAUAAAAGCUGCAAGUUGUGAACUGUAUGGGGUCACAAGUGUAGUGUUAAGGGAAGGCCCACCUGGCAUUUUUGUUGACUUUGAUAUCAAUAUAUCAGAACAUAUAGCAGUUGCCAAUGAUUCCCAGUCCACUGAGUCCAAAGGGAGUGGCCAUGAGAAUGUGGAUACAUAUUACUUCCCAUUGGAAGAUGAUAGCUACAAUGGUCCAUCCAAUGUGUCAGCAUCACAAAAUUCUUGUGGAUUCCAGCUUCAUCCAGCAUUAUUCACAAGCACUAGUUAUGUUGUCGUGUGGUGUAAAUGGCUGCAAAAUUACAAACAACCCGAAUUUGAAGUUAUUCCCCUGACAUUUGAUCCAUCAGAGGCCUUUCAUACGUACACUAUCAUAUUAAAUAAGGAGGCCAACUCGAUCGAGUUCUCAGUUGACGAAAAAGUGAUAGCAAUGAUGUACCAAAUUCCGAGCUUUGAAGCACCAUGUCUGCUAAGCCUAGCAGUUAGAAAUAAGCAGUUGUUUUAUCCAGAAUCAUACGAUCCUUUCAAUCGUCCUUAUGUUUUCGCUUCUUUUAAGAGAAUCAGUUUGCCAUCGGAUAAGGGAACAUACUGCAACUAUGGAAAACCUUUCCAAAAUACUGGGACAAGCAUAGUUUCAUUUAGUAUGGGACUGGGUACUGGCAAAAACGAGACAGAUGUGAUACCAUUUAAACAGGUGAUAAAAACAUGUCUACCAUGCAAUGCUGCGUGUGAUAGCCUGUUCUGUGAUGAAAACUGUAAUGAGCUGAUGAAGAUGUACGACAUUGUUUGGGAUGACCUUGAAUUAGAAGAUAAACAAAUGUUCAGUUCAUCACUAAACAAAACUGAGGCUCUUCCUGCUACAUAUUUCGUACACGUUAAGGCAAUAACUGGUUCAGGAUUGUAUAUAACAGCGACAUCUAACGGUAUUACGAUAGACACGAGUGGUCCAUCGGUAGACAUUUUGUAUCACGUGGAUGUUUCUGUCUCUGAUAUGAACAAGGUAUCCAGUCAAGGUCAGAACCACACGAUCGGUGCCAGGUGGGAUGCAUCCGACAUUGAAAGCCAGGUCGUCAGUUUUGAAUGGGCAAUAGGAAGUGGACCUUUCCUUACUGAUAUCCAACCAUAUCAGAUGAUGGGUAACAAGAAGUUUGGCAAGAGUGAAGAUCUUAGAGGAAUUCUUCAAGAUGGACACAUUUACUUUGUCUCUGUCAGGGUCACAAAUGGUGCUGGUGGUCAAACAACAAACUCUUCUGCUGGAGUCAUGAUAGCGCUACCAAAGGCUGUAACGACCUACGUUGAGGUGAAUACAACAUGCAGGUCGAGCUAUGAUAUCCCUAUUAAUCUGGCAAGUGAUGCAACUAUUUGUAAGGAUCAAUCUGGAGUAGGCAUAGAAUGGAAGAAGGAAAUGACAGAGCCUCUAGACAAUGCUAUAACAUAUUUCUCUGUUGGAUCGUCUGCUCAGUUGCAUGAUGACAUCAUUUCCAAAAUCGCAAUCGCUCCAAAAGAAACAAAGGGAGGAUUUGAGAUUGGAUCCGUUAAGGUAGAAGAUGGUGUGAUCAUAAUGGACCCAUACGGGAGAAUGAAUGUAUCAGAUGCUACCGGAGUUUAUGACCCUAACAUCGUUGCUAAGAACAGAUUCCGUAUGGAACCAGGAAGAACCAUACAUGCGAACAUUGAGGUAUGUCAAUCUGGCGAUGUGUGUUCCGUAGUUGCCUCAUCAAAACAGCUAGUCUUGAGAUCUUCAGAUAUUAUCAAGCCUGCUGACGAAGGAUGCGAACUUUCCAUUGACUUGUCUGCAAAUAUACGCAUUCACGCCUCUGGUGCACAGACUGACAGGCUACUGGCGUGUGGAACUUUGAAUGAACAUGAUCUACGAGAAGAGUAUAUCUCAGAUGGCUCGUUAAACUUUAAACCAUAUGUAGUGAACCCAAGGACUACAAUUAACAAAACAGACCGAUAUCUGAGAAAGAGAUUGGGAAAAUGGAGUGGUAUUAGUUUCUUUGUAAAUACGGUGGACGAUGAUUUAGAUGGAUUCUUAACUGUGGUUAUAUCAGCACACAGCGUUGACUUUUCCACAAGCAGCCUUACUCUCAUAUUUUGGGACGCAGAGCUAAUGGUGUGGAGGAACGUGAAGACAAACUGUAAUAGCGCGGGCACAAUACCCGGAAAUGGAAUCAUUACGUUUCACGUGUGUUCAGAUUAUGAUAUGUCCACUAAGAGACAUAAACGGGAAACAACGCGUUAUGGUGGUGAAACUCAGUUUGCCCUGAGUGAGGUCAAUGCUGCUUACGUGAAUACACAUCCACGUAUUACAUCAACCAAUCAAAUGAACAUAACAGAAGACGCGGAUCAGUUAUACACAUUCAAAUUGGAAGCUGUGGACGAAGAGGGGGAUACAUUUGUGUUCUUAAUUGACAACACAAAGCCAAGUCCUGUUUUAGGUAAUGUUACAAUUGAGCGAGACGGGACUUUCAUCUAUAGCGCAUUCCCACAUCAUUACGGCUCAGAUCCGGUGUACUUUAUCGUCCAAGAGCAGCCAACAGAUACUCAACAGCCAUUAAGAACAUAUGGAACAAUUACUGUAAACAUUGAACAACAGAAUGACAAUCCGAUUACUGCUAUAAUAUAUGAUGGAACCUACAAUGAGCCAGUUCCGAACUAUGGUUUGGAGUUCACAAUGGAACAAUCAAUAACGAGCCAAACAGAGAGUUUGAAACUGAUUCUAUCAGCCCACGAUUACGAUGUCCAGGAUCAUCUGAGCUUCUCGACAGUCAAUACAACUAAUGGCACCAUCGCAUUCUCAGAUCCAAUCACUAAUUUCACGUUCAAAGAAGUAAACUGCUCUGAUCAAUAUCACCAGGAAAUACUUCGUGACUGGGAAAAACUAUUCAGCGAUUUUGAAACAACUAUACCGUACCCUUGCAACUUUCCUAAACUCCCAUUACCCACUGAACAAAUAAGUUGGCUUUUUUACUUAGUAACUUACACUCCAAAUAAGGAUUUCUUUGGAAAAGACGUGUUUCAGGUAAUGGCUGAAGAUGAUCAUGGUGCCCGUUCUGACCCAUUAGAUAUUAACAUAUACGUUCUCGAAAACAGGUGUCAGAAUAAUGCUGCCUGUAAUGGCGACGCUGUGAAUGAUAAAUAUUGCACGAGCACCAACAGAAGCAAUGGAUUCGAUGGCUACGGCUGUGAUUGCAAACCAGGUUUUUCGGGGCUUUACUGUGAGGAGAAUAUAAACGAAUGUCUGUCAUCCCCAUGUCGACCAGACUACACGUGCAUCGAUGGAGUGGAUUCAUUUGUGUGUUACUGUGAUCCAAGUACCCCAUGCACUGGAUAUCCAUGGUGGGCAUGGCUCAUCGUUGGUUUUGGUGCCACUAUAGUGAUCGUAAUCAUAGUAGCGGUGAUUAUUUGGAAAUGCAAGAAAACUAAGCAGCAGAAACCUUCAACUCCUACUAACUAUGCAGCGGGUGUCAAUUCGAACAGCAUACCAAUGAGCGACAUGGCCCAGCGAAGGUUUGGUUUAGACAAUCCAAUCUUCGGCUCACCAUCAGUUUCUGCCAUUGAUAAUGUUGACAUGUGGCCCAGCAGUUCAGGUGCAUUGAGGACAAUGACAGGGAAUCUCCGAACCGGAAAGGCCCAACAGCAAACAAUGUCUCCAGUGUUGCCUGACAGGAGGAACGUGUCUCAAUCACACCUGCAGUAUAUGCACGACCGAAAACAAAUGCUAAGUGAGUUGAAGUCGAGAUAUCUGCAAGAUUCAAAUGACCAUCGACUGUCCAACGUAGAUGAUAAAUGGCCAAAUAAAACAAACCCUGUAGAAAAGGCCCAUUUGCAUAACGAGCGUGCGAGACGACGUAGCGAUGGUGACGGAGAAUUGAGACCGGGUGGUCAGGUCAUAUCAAACUACUGGACAGACAAUAACUUUUACUAUUAAGUUUCAGCUCAAUACUGAAAUAAUUAUAUUAGGAUGUACUGUUGUUUCGAAAUGCCACGAAACGCCAUCUCUUGUUUGAUGUGCUAUUGUGAUCAUAUAUAUGAUUUGAUCAAGUCAGGUUUUAGGCAUGCUGGAUGAUUAACGAGGUUUUUCUUUUCAAGUGCGAUAUAUCGUAUUAUGACAUUUCGAAACGGAACAUUUAUAGAUUUGGCUUUAUUUUGCAUUUAAGCUACUGGAUAGUUUAAAUAACACAUACUAUUAAUAAAGAAUUUAUUAUGUUAGAAUAAAGAAAUAAUAAAUUCAAAAAUGAAUAAAAUCUAUUGAGAUUAUCAAUGCAUG